AUGUUCGAUCAAUGGAAGCCCGCUCUCGAUUUUGAGGAUGGUUCUCUUACCAAUCAUCACCAUUCCCAAGUCGGUCAAACAGUCGCAGAGCAAUUUUCAAUGGAGAGCCUGCUGGACUAUAACCCUAUGAUGCUAUCAUCACUGUUGUUGUUGCCGAUGCCCUUCCUAAAACCACAACAUGUAGAUUCAAUUCCAAGUCAGACGAAUCGAAAUCCGUUGCAGGAAAGCCUCGGCGACUCAGCUUUCACAUCUGAUCUCGCCUUUCACCCGCCAUUCCACCAAUCUAUCCAUCCCCUUGAACCUCGGGAAUGUUCUCCUUAUUCACCCGCAUCAUCGCCAAAUGGAUCCUGUUCAGGCCUCUUCCGAGCCCCUGGGUCCCAAUUCAUUUUUUCUUCUCCAAGCAACCCGGAUCAUCCAGAGGCCGUCUCCGAUGUGGGUUUCGGUACACCCGGUCCGUCAAGCCAAGCUGAAAUACUUCCCGAUAAUUGCUCUGAAGCCUCGAAUCAGUGUUUUUUGAACCGUCCACAAGCUGCGGGAAUGUGGGACCAGACUGCAACGAGUUCAACGGUGCCAAACUUCUGCGGUCUCACCCAAUCAACGGCAUUGCCAUAUAACCCAACGGAAACCUUCCCCGCCACUAGUACUGGUGGACUUUCCGACUUGCCAGUCUCCUUGAUGGCUGACGUUUUCCCGCUCGAAUCAAGCCACUGUGCUCAUAACCAACAGAGCUUCGAGGUCUUUUCGCGUCCAUGGUCCAGUGAUUACGGCAACUCUCAGCACACGACCUUCAAUCUUAACGUCCCGCAACCGUCCGCCUUGCAUUCAAGCUCUGAUACUUCCAAUAAACCAAACAAUAGCUGUGAAAAUGUGCCAGCAGUAAAGCUCAAGCGCUACUCAUGCCCAGAAUGUGGUCAAAGAUUUGCUCGAGCAUUCAACCUCCAAACACAUAUCGCCACUCACGCAGGAAUGCGACCUUUUUCAUGUCCGGCUGAUGGCUGUUCGAAAGCAUUCAGUCGUCGCCAUGACCUUGGGAGACAUGUUGGCGCAGUUCAUCGGGAAUGGCUAACACUUAAAAACCUCACGGUCGACGAGGCUGUCAAGCCCUUGCGAUGGAAAACCGGCUCGAUCCAUAAGACCCAACAUCACAAUGCUUCUAGUAAUAAAGUCAAGAAAGAAAAAUAG